GGUCAGGGCCAGGGUCAAGAAAUGAAACGCAGAAUAACUAAAUUGACGCAAUAAACAUCGGCGACAAAAGGCGAAAAACCUAGGCGAAAGUUUGUACUUGAUCUGAGACAAAAUCUAGAGAAGAAUAACUGUGAGCAUCGAUGAACGAUAAAAAAUAGCAUUCAAUCAAGACCCUAUCGAAUGGAAAAAAAUUGUCCACAAAAAUCACAAAAUAGACUAGUGCGAGAAACGAGAGAAGGAUUGAGUGGCGUGACCCAUGGCUAAUGGCACUUGUGUCAUUUCACAUAAUAGUGACAUUCACAUGUUUAUCAACAAGAAACUACGGAAACUUCCAAGUUGUGCUUUUUAUCAUAUUGUUGUUAUUGGUAUAUUUCUCGGAGAGUAUAAAUGAAGUUGCGGCUCGUAAUUGGGCGUUGUUCUCUAGACAGCAGUACUUCGAUAGCAAGGGCCUGUUCAUAUCAGUCGUCUUCUCCAUUCCAAUAUUACUGAACUGCAUGAUAAUGGUGGGUUCUUGGCUGUAUCAGUCAACACAGAUUAUGACCAACUUAAAGAAGGCACAACUCAGACAGCGCCUUAAAGAGCUUAACAUGAUCAGGGAACAACAACAGCAUUUGAAGUCUGAAUAAGAUGAUGUGAGGUCAAUUUUAUCAUAGUAAAGCUAGCAGGCAGAUAAUAUUUUUGCUAAUGUUGCUUUUGGAUGACAUGGAACAAAAAUAUGUGAGGUAGGUAUGUAAGUAAGACCCAUACAUAUUUUUGCACUUGAUAUGCCAGUAGGUGGAAAAUCCAGUCACUGAGUACAUGGGAUCAAGACAGGAGAGGAAUGUUGUUUUAUAUGAAAAUUUUGGUAUUGAGAAUAGAUCAGUAUUUUGUUUUAUGUUUGGAAAAAAUAGCUUGAAGAAUGAAUGAUUAUAAUGUAAGCGUAGGCUUAAGAACAACUAGUGGGAUAAUACAUGGAUUUUAUUCCAUGUGUCAUGUUGUCAUGUACUCAUAAAACUAAUAAUUUCCAUUACUUUAUUAUUAUUCUAAGUCAUAGGUACGAAAUUUUUCGUUCAAUGUAAUUGAAAGAAAUGUUUGGUUUUGAGCUUUGACAAAUUGCAUGAAGAAUUGUUAUAAUUUUGUUUCAAUGUGAUCUUAGAGAUAUGGUUUGACUUUUGUUGAUUGAUGAUGUUAUUUAAUUAACACUUGGUAUCUAGAUCUAGCGACAUUAGUGGGACUAAUCAGGUGAUUGUGUAAGUAUGUUACACGGCAGGGUAAUUUUAUUACCAGAAAUAUCAAUUAUGUUGUAGUAUUAAGAAAGAGUAGGUUUAUUAUCUAACCAGUACCGUACAUUAUCAGUGCAGUGGAGUUGACUAUUGGUUCAUUACAAUGAAAAUGAAAUUUCUGUACAGAUAAAAAUAUCAAUGAGAUUAAUCUGGCCUGAGGGCGUGUUUUGUUAACUCCUACUAAGCAAGUAAGAAAGGCAAAAAAGUUUGAUAAAGAUUUGUUUUACAUCUCUGCAAAGUAAAUGACUUGCAACUUUUUAAAAUGAAGUUAACUUACUUCAAAAACACGGACAUAUUCUCUUUAUCGUUAUCAAUUACUAUUAGGCCUAUAUCUAUUUCAUGAUCAAGAUGAUACUGGGUGUUAAUAAUAUUAUAAUCUUGCCAUAACUUUUUACAUAAUCAUCGUUUGUGAUUUCGUUGCGAUUCUUCAGUGAUAAAAUGGGAAAUCUUGUUAUUUCUUUGUGAUGUCUUAUUUCCAAUUUUUGUAGCUUUUUUUUUCAGAAAUCUCAAAUUUAUUUAAACCGUAAUGUGUGUUGCAUUUCUUUAUUGUAAGUUAUAAGUACUUAAGCUAAAUGUUUAAAAUGUAACCAGUUUAUAUAAUUAUGCCUAAUUUUAUUUUGCAUAUUUUUAUUACGCAAUGUAGGUACCUUAUUUUGUAUGCACUUAAACAUAUCUCUUGCAUUUUCACUUUAUACAUUUUUGGCUAUCGAUUUGCUUCUGUAUAAAUUUAGCAUUGAAUUAGAUUUUACAUCUUCAUCUUCAUCUCUAUCAACUUUUUUCAUCUUAUAAAAUGUAAAUAAAUGUAUGUUAUUUAAAACAAAAAUUCUUAAAACGCUAUAUGUAUUUUUACACUUUCAUUGUCAAGAACUUAGAAGAUCACUAAUUGAAAUGUUUAGUUUUAACAAAAAAUAUGUUAGGUUUUGGUUCGCAUUAGAUAGAAUUAAUAAUGGCUUUAGAAAGUUUUUUAAAAUAUGACUGAUUUUGAAACGUGACUAACUUUCGCAAGUUACUGUCUUGCAUUACUUUUUUACUAAAUGGUAAAUUAAAUACUUUACGCUGUUUACUGCAAUGUAUACAUUUUCGUUUCUACCUAAAGUUGAAAACACAUUUUCAGAAUUGUGUGUGGCCUCACUAUUAGUCGAUUCAAUAGAGUGAUAGGACCACUUUAUCUUACCAUGUAGCAAACUGGCCACUGUGUAAGUAAACUGCGGCCUAAAUUUUACUGAUGGUGUUCCAAAUUAGGCAUUUUUUGAUUUCAAGGAAGCCAUGGCAUAAUAAUGAAGUGGCGCUUCUGUAUUUUUAAAAUUUAUUCUAUGUUUCAAAUCGACGCGGGGGCUACCCUUUCUAAUAUGUGGACUCGUUUGUUGUGGUUCUUGGACUUCCAAAAAAUGUGCCAUUGACAGGCUUUAUAAUGAAAGAUAAUGGUUUUUGUUACAAUACAAACUAAACAAAUGUGAUCUAAUAUGAAGGUGCAAUAUUCAUAUACUUAGAAGAUGGGCGAGUGUUGAAGAAUUGGAGAGCUACGUCAUCAAUUGCAUUUAACAGAAAACAUGGCCUCCCAUUUCUCAACGAAUAUUUUUGUAAAUGCAAAUAAUAGUUAUAAUAAACGUGCAUUAUAAAAUAUAUUAUUCAGUACUUUAUAACUGCUUUCAAAUUAGGUGUUAUUACGCAGCAUAUUGCCGAUAUUUUUUCUUUUUUGGCCUAAAUAUUUAAAUUACUCAAUAAAUACUAGGCCGUCCAUAAAACAAUAUGUGAUUUUUAUAACGUAAUUUUAAAUUUUUAAGCUCCUUUCGCAAUGGUUCAUUCUCAGGAUCCAAUUUAGAAAUGUCAUGGAAGACGCAGACAC